CUGCGCCACCAGGGAAGCCCUCAGGGAAUGUCAUUUGAUGAAACAAACAGAGGAAGGGAAUUUGUUCACAAAGAACCCACGGUCAUGGGGUGGUAGCCCUGGGGACUAAUGUGCCACCUGACUGGGUGUAGUAAGGUCAACUGAAGUUGUAGUCUCUAACAUGGGGCCCCAGCUCCAGCCCGGGACCCCCUGGGCACAUGAAGUCUUUCCAAAGGCAUGGGGGUGGGUGGUGGUUAGGGAAUAAAUUUCCAGAUUGCCAGAUUCCAUAAGGACUCUUUAAAAUUGAUCACCUUUCAAAAUUGCUUUUCUCUCACUAUACAAUGAACAGAAUGCAUCCCUCUCCCCCCAGUACACUUUUUGUUUUAGCAAACUUGCCCUUUCAACUGCACCAGUAUGGACCCAAAAUCAUAUAGGCCUUGGGGUAGGGUCCCUUGAGAAGAAGCAAGAGCAUCACAAAAAAAAUAAAAAGUGUUGAUUCAGGCCGUACAUCGACAGCAAGGCUCUGUGCCUUAUCCAUCUACCUUAGAGUUUAAAUAUUUAAGGUUUACAAAAAGGACUUAGGGAACUGUGAAUCUCUUUCAAAGCACAUCCCUCCCCCCUUCAUUUGCACCAUUCUCAGCAAUGGGGAAGAAACUUGGUGAGCGCUAUCAUUUAUUCACCCGGGUUUUGGUCUAAUUUGUAUGUUUUGCCUGAUUUCAAGGAGGUGUCGGAGAACGGCUCUGAAUUUCUGCCGACGGGUCAACGUUACAUUGUCAAGUAAAAGGAAGGUAUGUUGGAGCUGACCUGAUAAAGGAAGAAGAUGGUUCAUUCUGACUUGAAAAUCAAAGAACCCGAUUCACCUUCUGCAUCCAGUCAUCUGUUACUAAAUGGAAAUGAUGAUCUGGUGGCGAAAAAUGAGGAAACGGGGUCUGAGAACAACCUGUACAACCAGUAUGAGGAGAAGGUGUGGCCCUGCAGUGACCUCACUGACUCCCUGCGGGCCCUGGGUAUGGAGCAGGGCCUGGCCCUGCCCGCCAUCGCUGUCACUGGGGACCAGAGCUCGGGCAAGGAGGCUCUGUCGGGGUUCGCCCUUCCCAGAGGCAGCGGUAUUGUUACAAGAUGUCCUCUGGUGCUGAAACUGAAAAAACUUGUGAAUGAAGACGAGUGGAAAGGCAAAGUCAGUUUCCGGGACAAAGAGACUGAGAUUUCCGAUGCUUCGCAGGUGGAAAAGGAAAUCAGUGAAGCCCAGGUUGCCAUUGCUGGGGAAGGCACGGGAAUCAGUCAUGAGCUGAUUAGUCUGGAAGUCACCUCCCCUCAUGUCCCGGAUCUGACCCUGAUAGACCUUCCCAGCAUCACCAGGAUCGCUGUGGGCAAUCAGCCAGCCGACAUUGAAUAUCAGAUCAAGUCUCUCAUCAGGAAGUACAUCCUUAAGCAGGAGACCAUCAACUUGGUGCUAGUCCCCGCUAAUGUGGACAUCGCUACCGUGGAGGCACUGCGCAGGCUCAGGAGGUGGACCUCCAAGGACAGGACCAUAGGAAUCUUGACGAAGCCCGAUCUGGUGGACAAAAGCACCGAAGACAAGGUAGUGGACGUGGUGAGAAACCUCGUCUUCCACCUGAAGAAGGGCUACAUGAUCGUCAAGUGCCGGGGGCAGCAGGACAUCCAGCACCAGCUGAGCCUGACCAAGGCCCUGCAGAAGGAGCAGGACUUCUUUGGGAACCACGCCCAUUUCAGGGAUCUUCUGGAGGAAGGAAGGGCCACGGUCCCGUGCCUGGCCGAAAGACUGACCACUGAACUCAUCAUGCACGUCUGUAAAUCUCUGCCCCUGUUAGAAAAUCAGAUAAAGGAGAGUCACCAGAGAAUAACAGAGGAGCUACAGAAGUGUGGCUCAGAUAUCCCGGAAGACGCAAGUGGGAAGAUGUUCUCUCUGAUAGAUAAAAUUGAUGCAUUUAAUAAAGAGAUCUCUAAUAUAAUAGAAGGGGAAGAAUUUGUGGGAAAGUAUGACUCCCGGCUGUUUAACAAAAUGCAAACCGAGUUCUACAGAUGGAGUAUUGUGGUUGCAAACAGUUUCCAGAAAGGAGGUCAGCACCCGCAUCUCCAGCCACACCCCCUUGAUCAUCCAGUUCUUCAUGCUCAAGACGUUCGUCCAGCUGCGGAACGGCAUGCUGCAGCUGCUGCAGAACAAGGACGAGUACGACAGGCUGCUGAAGGAGUGCAGCGACACCAGCGACAGGAGGAAGCUCCCGAGGGAGCCGCUGCAGCGGCUGACCCGGGCUCGGCUCGCCAAGUUCCCCGGCUGAACCCGCCCUCCGCCCCGCCCCGGGGUCUCCAGGGAGCCGGCGACCGACAUCUUUCCCUGCCAGCCUCGCGUCAUUAGCUGAUCAUUUCACAGUUGCGCCAGUGGUUAGCAGUCAGACUGUAGCCGUCAUCCCUGCUGUUAGUGGAUGACGACCUAGUAAGAAGCUGUGAUGGGCACGCUGGCUUCGGGCAUAAAGUGAUUUACACAGAUGGUCCACGGCUGCCCUGUGCUCUCUGCAUCACUUCAUCAGUUACCGAUGCCCACACAGCAUCCUAAGAGGGUCAUUCCGGUUUCUGUAGUGGCCUUUCACACCCGACGUUUUAGGGGCAUUAGUGCCACGUGUGUGAAUGCACACAGAAGCCUAUUUCUUUGAUUUGUAAUAAACUCGUU